GUAAGCUGUCAAAAGCUUGUUGCUUAAAUCUGUGCAGUGCUACAGUAAAGUAAUGAGGAGACGAGGUCGAAAUAUCGGGCUGUAAUUCUGCGAACAGAGCGAGAAUUAAACGGGUUGUUGGACAGACAUCUCGGGGGCACUUGACAUGUUGUUUUCGUUACUUCAGCUGGGGCUGCCGUGUCGUGUGUCCUAGCUGGUGCGUGAUUGCUGUUUCCUCUGGGAAGCGGUUCAUCCGUGAUAAUGAGAUCACCAUCAAAAAGUGCCUUUGAGAAGAUAUCCCCGUCUUGGUCUGUCUACAUUUCCAGCCUAUGCUUUCUUUAAGGCCAGACUCAAGCACCAACACAGGAUACCUCAGCUGCAAGCCCUUUGCCACCUCUCUGCACAAAGUCAGCACCUAAAAAAUGCCAAAAUAGAGCCAUAAUAUAAGAGGACAGAGAAUAAUGACCUGAGAAUUUAUGACUAAAGUCUGAUAUUUAUAGGCACCCUCAUUUGUGGAUAAUACACUUCCUUUUGAUGGGUGAUUUCUCAGUGAUUGACCAGCCAUCUGAUCUGUCUGCUCCAGCUGAUGGCGCACUCACUAGGUUGUUGUGAAAGCGGACUUUGCACAUAGAGCCAACCCACAGCUUUUGGUCUAUGAAGCACACUGAGAUUGAUUGAAAAAUUAAGUUUAUGAUUAUAACCUUUGGACAUGGCGUUGAACAUUUCUUCAGUAAGAGACACAAAAUGGCUGACUCUGGAAGUGUGUCGACAGUUUCAGAGAGGAAACUGUUCUCGUAGUGAUGAGGAAUGCAAAUUUGCGCAUCCACCCAAGAGCUGCCAGGUUGACAAUGGGAGAGUUGUUGCCUGCUUUGACUCACUGAAGGGCCGAUGCUCAAGAGAAAACUGCAAGUACCUUCAUCCACCUUCACACUUAAAAACCCAGUUAGAGAUAAACGGGCGCAACAACCUCAUCCAGCAGAAGACAGCCGCAGCCGUGCUUGCCCAACAGAUGCAGCUCAUGAUCCCAGCACCCAGCCUGCAGUCUGUGACAACAUUUCCUGUUACGCAGGGACUGAGCACAAAUACUGGUCUUGGUUAUGGUUCAUACAUGACGCCCUUGAGCCAUGGAAUGAGCCUCAUCCCAACAGACAACCUCUCCAGCACCCAGGUUCUUGUGACUGGGAGCCCACCUGUCACAGUCCAGAGCUCCUCCUCCUCUUCCUCCUCUUCUUCUUCUUCUUCUCCCUCACAGAAGCUGCAGCGUACAGACAAACUAGAGGUGUGCCGCGAGUUUCAGCGGGGAAACUGUGCAAGAGGGGAGACAGAUUGCCGCUUCGCUCACCCCAGUGACAGUCCAAUGAUUGACACCACAGAUAACACUGUCACUGUUUGCAUGGACUACAUCAAGAGCCGCUGCUCCCGAGAGAAGUGCAAGUAUUUUCACCCGCCUGCACACUUGCAGGCCAAAAUCAAAUCCAGUCAGCAGCAAGUCAAUCACACAGCUGUGGCAGCCCAGGCCGCAGCUGCAGCCAUGACUCAGUCGACUGCCAAAGCAAUGAAGCGAUCCCUCGAGGCAACUGUAGACCUGGCCUUUCCCUACAGUGUACCCCUACCAAAGAGACCAGCUUUUGAGAAGAGCAGCUUGGCCAGCUCUCUCCUCAGCCCCAGUUUUUUGCACUACCAACAGGCUCUGGCCAACACACAGCUGCAGCAGCCCACCGCUGCAUUUUAUCCGACAGGUUCUGUCUUCUGCAUGACCCCUGCUAACAGCGUUGAUCAUCCUCAAGUAACCACCAGACACAGAAGUCAGUGCCGUGUUGCUGCUGUUAAAGACGCCCAACAACUGCUCUGUAAAUAUUCUGUGAACACCGCACACAACCUACAACAGGCUGCAUGCUGAUGACAUCUCUGAUGAAGAGGUUGUUGACAUUACUUUGAUCUCUCCUAAUAAAUUACAUAGCUCAAUUACUAGGAUUAUUCUGUUAGAUAAGAGUCACAGAAGGUUACUGUAUGCACGCGUCUCUGCACCUGCAUUAACAUGCAUCCUUAGUAAUGUGCAUAAUAUCUUGGUUUCUAUUUCCUUAACCAGUUCUGACAAGGUGAGAGGUGCGUUUAGCCUCUUAAUCAGCUGAAAUGCAGUUCACAUGUAGGAUCCUCAUAAAUAGAGAUUAACUUUUCUGAAUAAAUCCAACCAGAAAACACAUGGAAAUUAAACAUAAACAGGCAGUUCAGAUACAGUAACCUUAUGAUAUUAGCUAACAAAUAGAACUGUUGUUCACUGACGGUUUUAAAUGUUGUACAUAUUACAAGAGGAAGACAUAAGGCUGACAGAUCUAAUCUGAGAUGUUAAUACCAGGUAUAAAGAGGUUCUAUAAUGGAGAUUGUUAAAACUGUAUCCUCAAGAUAUCAAGCAACAACUUACAUUUACUUUCUUGAAUGUGUUAUGUAAACUAUAAGGUUUUUCACAUGAAUGAUUGUUUAUCUAUUGCUAGCUUUAAUUAUUUCAAACAACCUAGUAAUACACACUUAUUUUAACUUUCCACGUUGUAAGAAAUUACACAAGCUUUCUUUAAAAUGCUCUGAGGGUAGUCCAUCUUUAUUGUUUACCUUGUGGUCCCCAGAGAACAGGAUCAGUGCUCCACCUCCUGGUGUGCCUUUGCAUUGCAUAUAGAGUAUGUUUGCUCAGAGGAAAUACUGUAUAAUCCAUUUGCUGCAGAUACUUUGAACUCAAACAUUUAGAUCUCCCCCUCUUUAUUACAUAAAAAAACAUCUGUUUGGAUUAUUGGUCACAGUGAUGGUUGAUUUGUUGAUGUAUCUGUAAGUGGUUCUCACUUCUGGAGUCGGUUUCACAAAGAUAGACUUAGGAUAAAGCAGUCGGUCAUGUUUUAUAUGUCUAAAUUCAGCUUUUGCACAAAGUUUUCUAGUUCUUCUUGCCUGAUAUCGGACAGAGUUGCCAACUUGUUACACUCUGUUACCAGUCAGAUCAAACUCAAAGGAGUGUGUGGAUUCAAAGGUCCUGACUGAGGCAAUAGUUCUUUAGUAUCUUAAGUAGGACUAAUGGCUGAACAAGUAACCACAUCAGUCCAUGUCAAAAUACGUGAGGGAGUUAUGAACAACUAAUCCAUGCAGCAGCGUCGGGUUACUUUUCUAGUUUUGAAAGUACCUCUCAUGUCACAGAAACCACUGAGAGAAACUUGUGUUAUUAUCAUACUGUCCGUGAUGUGUCUGUGUUUUUGUUCUGUUGCUCUGCACAGAUCUGACACUUGUCUGCCCGCCCACCUGCUCUCAUUCCUCGGCUCUCUGAAGCUCAGUGCGCCUCAGUUUCCUGGUAAAGGCGGUGGGGCAGCAUGGAGGUUAUCAGGGCUGCUGGUAGACAAUAUCCUUGUAUUUUAAGGUUCAUAAAAUACACCCAAAUUUGCGAAUAUGUAGAAUAUUACUACAGACAUCCCUGUUAUCUUACAUCGCAAUGCCUGCUGUGACAGCAGAUGCUGUAUUCACUCAUGUCAGUGAUGAUGGUGUUUUACCGUCCAGGGGACGCGCCUUGGUUUUUUUUUUCCCCUGAUAAUGCUACAUUGUGAUAAAGUGAUUGUGCCACUGAUUGAUGCUGUAUUGACUCAUGUCUUUUAACUUUGACCAGCAGCCGCCAUUUUCCCCUCAUACGUGUCAUAUAUGUCGCACAGUUUUGUUGUUGUUUUCUGUUUUGUUCAUAGUCUGAAUAAGUGAGAAGAAAACAUAAAAAUCUUCUCAAUGAAAGAGGAUAACCAUAUUUCUCAAAUUGAUGAACUAUUAAAGUUAUACAGUAACUUCUUAAAAUGUUAUGGAUUAUCCGUAGAAAUUCUAUUUCUAUUUUUGGUUCCAUACCACUGGUCAGCAGGUGUCACUGAUUGUUACCAUGGGAACACUGGUUAGAAGAGGCACACUCAAAUCUGAAACCGUAGAGCACCCUUUUCUUACGGUUUUCAGGUUUAAUGUCAUGUUUGGCCGAAACAGUGUGAAACAGCCUUCGAGGUAUGUUUUCUCUCAUUCGGUGAGUGUGUCGGAGGUGUUACCCAAUCAGCAGCAAUGUGUAUUAAAGUAAAAUAGAUCUUUACUUAUUGACCGUACUUUUUUUUGGGUUUAUAUUUCACACUUGCUUUGGGAUUAUAAACAUAUGUUUCCCAUGCCAAUUAAGCCUCUUUGAAUUCAACUGAAUGAAACCCCGCCACACUAAAAGGCAGUGUGCCUUUCUAACACAACAGGGUGUUCAACACUCCACCAUUUACGUUUAAACAAACGUUUUGCUACAUUUUGUCAGGGCUGAACGCACCCUGGGUGUCACUGAUUGUUACCGUUGGACUAUCUUAGUUCUGAGUUAGCCUUAUGGCUAGAUUUUUGGGUUCAAAGUAAGCCAGUCUUUAUUUUUGUAAGACCGUCUAAUUUGCAUUAUAGGCUGGCGUAACAUUACAGACCCAUCUAAAAUAUCUUUGUGAAACCAUCUCCUGGUUUUUAAGCAGAACCUCCACAGCCAUCUGAGUCAACUCAGUAAUUACUACCGCUCAUAUUCAAAGUAAAGUCCCUGUAUUAACCCUAUAAGAGAUGAGUAGUGUGUGAGCUGUUAGUCUUAAUGUGACAGUCAGUCGUCAGUACUGUAUUUGAAUGUUACAAGUGCCUGAAGAAUUGUGCAGAUGAGGAUGUUUGUGCAUAUUUAAAAGGCUUUGUGUGGAGAAAUUACUCUAAAGUCACAUUUAGGAGGAGAUGUUUUGCAAUACUACGUCAGUGCUUUAGUGUUUAGUCUUUCAAUUAAGUUUCACUGAUGCUCAAAUUUGUAUGUGUGUACUACAACAUGUAUAAGAGCUGAUACCCAGCUUCAUUUGUUUCACUUUUAAGAUAUGACCCCAUUAGUUUCAUGCUCAGUAAAAUACUUUAUGUUAGUAAAGUAGAAUUUAAGGAGGUAGAAGUUUGGUGGAGUUGAGUUGUGUAGGGUUGAAACCAUAUUAUGCAAUAACCCGUCAUUGUUUGAAACUGACAGAGUGGGUAUUGUGUUUAGUUAAGAGAAGAACACAAGCAGAUGUUAAAAAGAUUUCACUCAUAUAUUAACGUUCAUCUUUUAUGUAAGUUUUAGUUCCCUCUGUGCAAAUAUCAACCUUUCCUUUAAUGUUUCUGACGUCUUUUCAAGUGACUGAUGUUUUGUUUUUGUUUUUUUAAUGAAAACGUGUGUACACUUUUGUGUGAUUAAUUCAGACAAUCCACCAAGAGAUUUGUUCACAUUUUUUUGUUCUCAUUCGUUGUGAAAAGUCUUACACAUUUAUUGUUUGGAAUAUAAGGAGUAUACUUGCAUAUUUUACUAGUCUAACAUUAGAAAGGAACACUUUUAAAAUGUAUUUUCUUCUAUUUUAUGAUGAAUGUAAUUUAUUAAACUGACUUUAGCUUCUGCUGGGGGUUCCCUCAAAGGGCCUCGAUCUGUUAUAUUAGCCUACGAUAAGCCGUCUUGUGUCCAGGGAGUGAAUGUUGGGAGCAACGAGAAGCUUGAAACAUUUCAGCCCCUGUCACUGCCUUGUCACCUGUGAGGGACAACGAACCUUUGUAUGAGCAAGGCCAUAGAACUGCUUUUUAUGUACAAAAGUGCAUUGUACAGGCCACAUUUUAUGGAGCGUAACUUUCAUAAUAGCGUAACAAUAGUUUGUCAUUUAAUUGUGUUGACGUGUUGCCGAGGCAAUCUGAAGUUGCAGUGGUUAAAAACUGUAUUUUUGUAGGUGAUGGAUUUGUUUUUCCUCCUCACAAUAACACAUUAGAUUGUACUGUCAGAUAAUAUGCCAUGGUGACACACUGUAAGUGAUCCAGUGCAUACAAAUAUACUCUGAAAUGUUUUGUGUUUUAUAUUGUUUCCACUGCAUGUUAACAUCUUGCAGCAAACAUAUAAUCCACCCUCAGAGCGUCUGCAGUCAGUUGAUGGUUCAGUGGCUGUUUGAACCUUAAUCUCAUCAUAUGAUUGUUUCAAAAGUUUACGUGGUUAUUAGAGAUAUGACAAAAUUUCCCUUAUUUAUUUUACCUGCAAAUUAAAGGCAUAUAACCGAAUGUUUAUUUCACCUUUAAUCAAAAAGCUUGAAUGUCAUGGAUACACCCGCACAUGGAGGUUGUUUGAGAUUUUCAUCCCCACAUCGAAAAGAUGUGGACAGUAAGAAUGUUUGGUCUGAGCAACUAAAGCACUUUCACCGCCGUCAAACCGAGAGGACAUGCUUUUUGUGAACUUUGCCUUAUCUUUAAUCUAUUCCUCAGUUUGUAUUUGUUCAGUAAUUAUAAAUUUCAUAUUGUCUAAUAAAUAAAAAAAAUUUCAUUUAACUUUUCUGUGACGUUAUUGCUACUCGAGUUUUGAAUUUGAGGCCAAAAUUACUUUGUAAAACAAACCCAAACUAUCCUGAUAGGACAAAAGGUUAAAUUGCUAAAUUAUAUUACACUUUGAAAUAUGCUGGUGCCAUUUGGUUCCAUCCUGGCCUGAAUAUAAACUGUCCCUCACUUUUUUGUUUUAACUUACUUGUGGAAAUUAUUUUUAUUUGUGUAUAAUUAAACGUGGAUAGUUUUGUUCCUGUAAAUUCAAAAUUGUGUAAAAUCUAAUAUUGCAAAUAAAUGUCGAGUAAAUGCAA